ACUACCGCUGUAGUCAUUAUCAGCAGCGAGUAGUAAUUGCGUGUAAACGUUCCGCAUGAAUGGACACCUUUACGUACAGUUAUAAACACUUCCGUGCUGAGUGGGAGGAUCGAGAAGGUCAGGAAGGAGUUCCAAAUCUUGAGAUUUGCUGUGCUUGGGCAGCAGACUAUACAAAACGUUAAUCAGGGCAGUUCCUUGCUCAGGAUUUUCAUCGGUGCAGAAUGGAACCUAGCAACUGGAGCCAACUUCCACAUACGGCGGUCGUCAACAUGUUUUCCCAUCUAUCCCACAGAGACAGAGCCCGGGCAUCAUCAACUUGCAAAAGUUGGCGUGACUGUUACUUCCACCCAUCCUUCUGGCGUCGGGUCGAUUUGGAGCUGACCUUUCAAACUGGUUGCGAACCGGCCCGCUGUAUCUUAGAUAAAUGCGGGAAGUUUGUGCGGGAGUUGUGCCUCACCUGUACAGUUGCCCUGCCAGUAUUGUGUGCACAGUUUGCCAACCGGGAUGCAUCAGGCAGUGCGCCUCCGCCUACGGGCUCUGAGGAAUCAUCGCAGGAGAAUCAGCCAGACGAUUUGCUGAGAUAUCGGAAGCUGUACCAAGACCUACCCACGGUCUUUCAAGGACUUCAUAAUAGCGAAGGAUUAGAGAAACUCAUCUUUUGUUUCUUUCCGCUGUGCAAAAACUGCAAUUGCGGCGCACAGCUACCAGGGGAAGAGUUUGGAACCAAGAUGACAGAAAGCUUGAAGAAAGUUAUACAAGCAUCCACCAAGCUCAAGACCUUGGCACUGGCACACAACAGCGGCUCCUUACGCUCCACUUUCUUAAAAGAACUCUCCGACAAGUUUGGCAAGCAGCUCCGAGUUCUCCACAUCCCGACUUUCCAAGUUGCAGAGGAAGUGACCGACGAGGCCAUCACCUUGACGUCUUCCCUCUCCAACUUCACAUCCCUGUCCAUUCUAACCCUGAACCUGUCGAUGGUAACGGACCAACUCCUCAAAGGUCUGCCAGAUUCUAAAUGUGCAUCCACCCUACGGCAGCUCAACAUGGUCAUAGGAUUCGGGGCAGAUGUCAAUUCGUACUUGGAUGAUUCUAGCUGGAGCAAACUGGGCCGACGCUUGCCGGACUUACAAGUCACUGUCUCGGCAAUUAUCUCGGACUAUGGGGCGACAGACGAACUUCUGCACUACCUGACACCAAGCAUACCGCUAACAUCCCUGAGAAUUUUCGUCAGCCAGCCGUGGUCCCUAAAGGAGGACCUCAUCGAUAGCAUCGCCAAGAAUUACAGUAAGAGUCUGAGCUGCUUGGAGAUUCAUACUGACAAGUCCGCACUGUUCUUUGGCAACAAUUCGGAGGCUGACCCGCUAGUCAUGCUGUGUUGGCAGUGCAAGAAGUUGAACCGUCUUGUUAUCACAGGGUAUAAACUUCUCAUCUGCAAUGUCCUUGCGAUUGCCACACUGAGAGGUCCUGGCCUUAGCACCUUUGAAGUAGAGCGUGGUCUUCUCUACAGCGAUCACGACGAGAUGUGGGCCAGUGAAGAAUACGACGAAGAAACCCCGACGUCACAUGACAGUUUUUACUCUGACGGUACGGUCUCGGACAGCCCGACCUCUGAGACAGAGUACCGGUUUACUUUGAUACAGGACAUCAGUAGCAGUCUGAAGCGGCCAUGGGAACCGGUGGAAAGACGUCACAUGACCAUUCCAAAGUUCCUAACUCAAGAUCUGCUCAUAGACGCAGACCAGUGAAAAGUUCACGUGCAAUUUGCACUAUCAGCAGGAAUAUGCAACAUCUUUGUUUGUUACAGGGUAAUUUAUGGUUUGGAAAAGAACGUUUUGGUAAAAAAAAUGGUCAAAAUUGUGGGCACAGGGUUAAUUGUUGUAAGAUAUGUAUACAGGCAUUCCAGAGGAAUAACUGACUGUAAUAUAAUUAUCAUAAUUUAUGGCAAAUUUGCUGAUAAUGACAUGUUGUUUUGUUGUUAGUUUUCAUUUGUAUUUAAUAGGAACAAGUGAGGCUGAUUUUUCUUUGAAGUUAAAUUAAAGCAUAUUUUAAAUUAUUUGGGGAUAACAUAAUUAUUGAUAAUGAGAUUAUCACAAUGUUUGAGGAUGCCACCUUCAUCCAAAGUAUAAUAACAAAAAAAAGAUAGUAUAUUGAAAACAAACUGAUACAUGGUAUGUGAAUAAAUGAUUUGAUUAGGUACCAAUUGAUUCAUAUUUAACAUAUAUUUGGAUGUGUGAUCAUUGAUCAAAUAAGUUAUUGCUGUAAUAAAAAGUAACUGAAUACUUGUGUUGUUGUGUUGUUGAUGUUCAAAUAAAAUGAUUGUUCCUUA